CCUUAUUGAUCAGUGUUAAUCUAGUGUACAAUGUUGAUUAGUGUAGAAUUUUCUUUAAAAUUCCUUAUUUCAAUAUUGGCUUCAAUCAAUUCGACAAACUUCUUUUAAUGGAUGGUAUUGAAGAUUCCAAUCCUGGCUGCCACAGGUGCUUCAGGUUUCCAUAACCGGAAUCUUUAAAUCAGGACUUGCAAAGACUGCAGAAGACUUCCGCAAGGAGUAAGGAGUAGGAGGAGCUUGGUAAGGCGAGGAGGGGGUGACUCCAGAGGCACUCUGCCGACAGAAGUGAUAAGGCAUUGAUAAGAGAUGAAAGAGCUUGAUGACACCGAGGUCAGUGGCAGAUCAUCCCCCAAUGGCCGCCGCGGACCGUUACGGUGGGGGCAGGUUUUCGGCAAGACGGGGAAUGGUGGGGGGAGGUGGGGGGAGCGACACCUUGGCGAAUUUUCGGCACAUUGGUCCAGUCACCGGCAACCUCAACAGGCAACCGUCACAGCACAACCUGCACCGAGCAACCUGGAUUACUCUUCGGCAGCACUCAGCUUCUGGUCGAAGCACCAGCCCUCCGCUCAGUACCGCAGUAAGUAGCAGCAAAGUCCUCUAAGUGCUCCCCACCUUCCUCCUCGUUGCCAUGGCACUCUUAUCACUCCCGGCCCGCCGCUCUUUCACGGGAAACUUUAACGUCCUUAUCAGCCGACACUUGUCUCUUGAUAUCCUCUUUGAUCGGGUUCCUUCUUGUUUUCUUAUCAAGAUCGACUAAAGAAAACUCCUUUUCACCAUUAUUCAUUAGAAAAUAAGUCUAACCAAACUAAUAUAAAACUAUAGUCAUCAUUGUUU